CGUCGAGGACCUACUUAUCCGGGGUGGGUACGUGGGUUCAUUCAACACUGUCACCUCAUUCUGCACGGAAUGCUGAUAAGACACCACAAAUCAGACAUGCCGAGUUCCUAAGAAGUAAAAACAAAUCGUCUUCAACGCAGUAUGUAAAGAGCUUCAUAAAGGAAUUCUUUAAACAUGGAAAAUAACGCAUAUGAAACCAUUGAAGAUUCUGAAACGAACGGAGGAAUUAGCCGUCCAGUUGAAAAUGGUACCCGAAAAAGAUACCUUACGGACAGCACAGAGUCGCAAGAUGUUAGUGAAGUCAGUAUAGUACCCGAGAGGGUCCGUAUGAAGAAAAAUGUCGGACUCAUAAGCGGAACAUCUCUGAUAGUAGGCACCAUCAUAGGCUCCGGAAUUUUCAUAUCACCCAAAAGUGUGCUAGACAGGACAGGAUCUGUCGGACUAAGCCUUGUUGUCUGGGUAGCGAGUGGAUUCUUGGCCUUGCUUGGUUCAUUGUCGUACGCUGAGUUGGGAACUGUCAUAAGAAAAUCAGGUGGGGAAUAUGUGUAUAUUAAGGAGGCGCUGGGAGAUAUUCCCGCUUUUCUGUUCGCAUGGACAUCUGUGAUGGUGGUCAGGACUUCCUCCAUGGCUAUUAUUUGUUUGACUUUUGGUGAAUACAUGGCUACUUUUUUCCCGUAUUGUGGAUCACCAGUCAUCCCUAUGAAAAUUGUUGCUGCUCUUGCCAUUGUAUCCCUUGGAGUCAUUAACAGUUACAGUACAACUCUGGCCGGAAGAACCCAGGUCUUCUUCACAGCUGUGAAACUACUUGCUCUUGUUGUCAUUGUGGUAGGAGGCAUCGUCAAACUCAUUCAAGGGAACACAUCUCAAUUUGAAAACAGUUUUGAUGGUACAACGACCUCCCCCUCCAGUAUUGCUCUAGCGUUUUAUAACGCUCUAUGGGCUUACGAUGGCUGGAAUAACCUGAAUUAUGUUACAGAAGAAAUAAAAAAUCCAGCUAAAAACCUUCCUCGAGCUAACGUCUUGGGUGUGAUGAUCACCACCAUAAUAUAUCUAUUGGUCAACAUUUCAUAUCUCACUGUCAUGACUUCCACAGAGCUUCUGAACUCAUCAGCUGUUGCUGUGACCUGGGGUGACCGCGUUCUGGGAGGUGCUGCUGCACUGAUGCCAAUAGCCGUGUUGUUCUCUACGUUUGGUGCUGCAAAUGGAACAUUGUUUGGAGGUGGAAGAGUUGUGUAUGUAGCUGGGAGAGAGGGGCACCUUCCAGAGAUGUUGUCAUACGUACAUUGUAAAUAUUACACGCCAUUUCCCUCGGUGAUAUUCACAAUUGUGAUUUCUUUGAUUAUGAUAAUUCCUGGAAACAUUGGGUCGCUGGUAGACUUCUUUAGUUUUUCCGCCUGGUUGUUUUAUGGUCUGACUGUCACGUGCCUCAUCAUCUUCCGCUUCACAAAGAAAGAUGUAGAGAGACCUAUCAAGGUUCCUAUUGUGAUCCCCAUACUCUUUGUGCUGAUAGCUAUUUACCUUGUUAUUGGACCAAUCAUAGAAGAUCCACAAAUUGAACUCCUAUAUGCGUUCCUAUUCAUAAUUGGAGGACUCUUAUUUUAUUUCCCUUUCGUCUACUUCAAGCUCAAAAUUAAAGGAUUUGAGGGAUUAACAACGGGUGUACAAUUGCUUUGUGAGGUGGUCCCCAGUCCAUACGAACCAGAAAACUGAAAGCACGGUUAAAAAAUCAGAGACCAUAUUUAUGUGCAUUGCAUUCUUUGUUCAACUUUUUACAGACUUGCUUUUUGCUUUAAAUGAGCAAUAUUAUUGCAAUGGAUUAUCUACAACUUUAAAAAUAAUAUGUUUACAUUGUCGGAAAUUUUGAAUUAUAAAAUUUAACAUGUAUUGCACUGGAUCACCAAUGAUUCAACUAGAUUGUCUCCAAAAGCAAUAAAAACUACAGGUGCUGGGCCAAUAGAAAAAAUAUCAAAGGAGUUAUUAUGCACAGAGAUGAAAGAAUGUAGAUAAAUUGUUUACUUUUAUAUAUACAAAUGGUUUUUAAACUGUCUAAAUGAAUAAUGGGAUAUAAAAUCAAACAUUUUUUGAGUAAAUACUUAUAUCUAGGUUUU